UUAUUAUUAAUUAUUUUGUUUUUCACUUUCAGUGAAAGAACCCUCAAGAGAAGGUUAAAUGUUCUUGAAAUCAAGCGACAUGAACAUGUCCCUGUCCAAGAACUAAGGGAUAUUAUUCAACAAGAAGUCGUUGUUUGUGGGGGACUGGCAGGUGUAAGGCGAAUAUAUGAUCAGUGUCGCCAGAAAUAUCACAAGAAAGUAAAAAAGGGACCAAAUUGGAUUUGGUCUUUGGAUGGUAAUGACAAGUUGCAGUUCUUCCAUAUUUACAUACAUGGAUGCAUUGAUACCUUUUCACGCAAGAUUUUGUGGUUACAUGCCAACACUACAAAUAAGGAUUCUAAAGUAGUGGCUAAAUAUUUCUUUGACACUGUGAAGACUUUAAAAGUCUACCCUAAUAGAACUAGAAGUGACCCAGGGACAGAGAAUGUAGACUUAAUUGAAUGCCAAAUGUUCCUAAGAAGAAAUAGCAGUGAUCAGCAUGCUUUCUCCAAUAGUGACAUCAUGGGGCCUUCACCACUGAACCAGAAAAUAGAGUGUUCCUGGUCAACUUUCCUAAAGAGAGUUUUAAUCCGUUGGCAGGAAGAAUUAAUGGGUUUGCACAGAGAUGGUUGGUAUGACAGACACAGUUGCAUUGACAAGUGGUGCAUGGUAUUUGUUUACUUGCCUCUGAUACAACAUGAUAUAGGUGCAUUUCAACUGUGGUGGAACAACCACAAAAUAAGACACCAAAGGCAGGUGUGGUUACCCAUUGGUGCUGCUCCAAAUGACAUUUAUGCAUUUCCACAUUUAUAUGGCGGUCACCAGUGUGGAUUCACUGUCAGUGAUAGAGAUUUGGCAGAAGUUGCACGAGAAAAAACACUGAACUAUGAACAAUCUGCUCGUGUUCCACAGGACUUCUAUAAUGAAGCAACUAACUUCACUGCCACUAACCACUUGACAUUAGAAAUAUCCACUGCAGAGGAGUGUUAUAUUCAACUAAGGAGACACUUCAUGCUAGAAAGAUCUGCACUACAGUCAUCUAUAUAUGUGUAAAAUGUAAUAUUAAUGUUUCUGCACCAACCUGCAAAUUCUAAAUUGCUGUACAGGAAAAAAGAAAAUAAAGAAUCACAAAAGAGGUUAUUUUCCUCUUUUUGAUACAUUAAUACAAUGCGCAACAGGCUACACAACCCAUUUUUAUGAAACCACAAGUUCUGUAAGACUAAAAGGUAAAUUGGUUUUCCCUUGAUGGUGUU